CGCUGCAUCAACCCAGCGUACAGCAGCAACAGCAGCAGGCUGGGCUUAGGGAUCUAUUGUUCCCUGUUUUAUUACUGAAGAGCUCAUUCUCUCUCAUUAAGAAGCCAGGGGGAAGGAGAAACACGGAGGAAGAGGACAGGCCAAGGGGAUCUCAGUCUUGCUUGCUCAGGAUUACUUCUUGGAUGCACUGGUGUGGACAAAGCAGAAGCAUAAAACACAAAUCAGUACAGCUCUCUACCUCGUGGCCAGGCUUGUAUUUUCCUCUUUGACUGCAUUGGGAACUACAGUACUCACUGUAUGGUGGCCAUGGGGAUGGCCAGCAGAGCUGUGGGGACGCUGGGGAUCUUGAAAGGGACAUCGGUCCCUUCUCUAUGGAGGUUAGCGCUGCUCUUUUUCUCCAUCUGGGAACUGGAUGCACAAACUGCAGUGGAAACUAAACCCCUCUACAUCUGGCAAACAGGUCCAUGGGGUCGGUGUAUGGGAAGUGAGUGUGGCCCUGGAGGCAGCCAGAGCAGGGCAGUAUGGUGUGCCCAUGCUGAAGGCUGGACCACCCUGCAUACCAACUGCGACCAAGCAGAACGACCAGACAACCAGCAGAGUUGCUUCAGAGUGUGCGACUGGCACAAAGAUUUGUACGACUGGCAACUAGGUGCCUGGAACCAGUGUCUCCCUGUAUCGAUGCGCAGUGCUGGGGUGCAACGUCCUGCUGUAUGCACGCGGGGAGAGGAGGGCAUCCAGACCCGUGAGGUGGGCUGUGUUCAGAAGGCAGAUGGUAUGCCUGCAGAAGAUGCAAUCUGUGAAUACUUUGAGCCCAAACCCCGAUUAGAGCAGGCCUGCCUAAUUCCAUGUCCUCGGGACUGUGUGGUGUCUGAGUUCAGCUCAUGGACAGCCUGUUCUAAAACAUGUGGGAUGGGCUUACAGAACAGGAUCCGUUUCAUUCUGGCUCCACCACUGUUUGAAGGGGCAGCCUGCCCAAAUCUGACUGAAUUUCAGACAUGCCAGCCAGGUCCCUGUGAAGGAGAGGAGAGCUUUUAUAGUCUCAGGGUGGGACCCUGGAGCCCCUGCUCUGUCCCUCUGCCAAGGCAAGCCAGACAAGCUGAUGAACCACCCAGAGAGAGUGACAAACAAUUGAAGGAAAGUGACAAACCUUCAAAAGAGGGUGGCAAACAGUCCAGAGAGGGUGAAAAACCAUCCAGACGAAGUGAAAAACAGGCCAGAGAGGGUGAAAAAAUGUCCAAAGAAGGAGGCAAAUGGUCCAAAGAGGGUGAUAAAGUGUCUAUAGAUGGUGACAAACCAACUACAUCCAACAGAAAACUGGGAAGGGUAAACAGGAAACCAGACAGGCCAUCCCGACAGGCAGAUCGGCCCAAACGACAGAAAAAGGGCAAAAACAAGGAGAAAAGAGAAAAAAUGAGAGAGAAAGUCAGAGAGAGGUUAAGGGAGAGGGGCAAGGCAAAAGAUCCUGAGACCAGAGAACUUAUCAAGAAGAAAAGGAACAGAAACCGUCUGAACCGCCCAGGAGGAAAAUUCUGGGACCUGCAAGUUGGCUACCAGACCAGAGAAGUGACCUGCGUGCAUAAGAAUGGGAAUGUUGAAGCUCUCAGCCUGUGCUCUCAGGAGAUGCUGCCAGUGACCUUCCAGGCCUGUGUGCUGCCCAAAGACUGUGAUGUGACCGAAUGGUCUGAAUGGUCAGCUUGUUCCAAGAAAUGCUAUGACCCCAAUGGGCCUAAGGGGGAGCGCACUCGUGUCAGGAAAGUAAGCCAGUUCCCAAUAGGUGGAGGAGGAGACUGUCCAGAGCUGGAGGAGAAGGAACCUUGCAGCCCACAGGGGGAGGCAGUGCCAUCCUGCAAUGUGUAAGUACUGGACAUGGAAAGACCCAGUAAUGUAGCUCAGCUAUGAGUGCCGCUAGUAUGCUUAAAGUUGACCUCUGCUUACAUACAAUCUUUUUAUUUAAGUCUUCUGCAGCAUAAGAAAAGUCAAAACAUUUCUGGAAAACUUUUAUUAAACAUGAUUUAAGGCAUAAAUGCUAGCUGUGUAUGCUGACUUGAAAUUUUCAGGUUAUAGGCUGCUAAAUCAGUUUUUCUUUUUAAAAGGUUGUUGUUGACGCCUGUUGGAAUUGCAUUUGUACUUGUAGUAGCAGUUUAAUAGUUUGAAAGGUUUACUGUGAUUUUAUACA